GCGCAUCGCGAGGGUCAGGGAAGUCUGGUAGUGCAGGUCAUCGGCUCGCAUGGAGGCUCCAACGGCUUGGACUGCCACUUCGAGGCAUUUCGCGCCAUCACUGGAGCAGACUCUGGCACGUUUGAGGUCCUCCUGGAACCGGUCGAAUGCGAGGUGGCUGGCGCGGGGCCCAUGGCCACCAUCCUCAAUGGCGACAAUGCCUGGUACACUCGAGCAAUCUUCUCGAACUUGCCUUAUGCUGUUCUGGGCGCCACGAUCUCUGUGGAUGGUCAGGCGACGGAGAUGAGCCGUGUGGCUGGGGCUACAUGGCAGGCCCAACUUGGGGGCAGCGGAAACUCGGCUUCUUUCACUCUGCAGCUGGAGGGAGGGCACGAGGCUUCCUUCCCCGACUGCUUCAGCUCUUGGCCGGUGCAGACAGGAAGCUCCUGCACCUCCGGCGCAUCCCCGAGCCCGAGUCCCACAACUCAGGCAACUACCAGGGCCCUGGCUACGACCACACAGGCGACCACCACCACUACCACCACAACUACCCGAAUGACCGCGACCAUGCCUACCGUGCCCCCGACCAGUACCAAGGAGCCCACCAGCACCAAGGGCCCCACAUCAUGUGCGGCCGCCGGCGAUGAUUGCCGCGAUGCUGGCUGCUGCCAACAAGCCGGGCACACCUGCUACGAGAAGGAUGAUUUCUGGGCUGCUUGCAGAAGCAGCUGCGAGCCUGGCAGCGUGAAUCCCACGGAUCCAGAGGAGUUCCGCACGCCCUGGACCUGCGAGGAAAUCGGUGGCAGCAAUCCAACGCCUUCGCCCGUGCCGCAGCCACAGCCAUCUCCGAUGCCUUCGCCAAUGCCUUCGCCGGGACCAGGACCUUCCGGCGCCUUCCGAACCUCUACCGUUGGCUCAAGCAAGGACAGGCUCUUUGAGUUUGCGGACGUCCUUACCAACCAGCCUGUGCCAGGUUCGAAGGCUCGAGCAGUACAAUCCUCUGGCGGUGCCGCUGGAGGUGUUGUCUCGGAGAGCCAGGGGUACGGCCUCCUCCUGGGUGGCUCGCUUCUGGCGGCCAUGGGCUCAGACCCGGACUUUGAGCGCGUUUCGGUACUCGCGUACGAGCUCUUCUUGGGCUGGCGUCGCAUGUGCGAGAUGAGCGCUGCAGGUGGAAGCUGCCAGGACGACGAGGGCUUCCAGUGUGGUGGCGGCCGCUACCCAUGCCUCCCUCACUGGAAGUUUGGCGAGGACUUGACACGGGUGGUCGGUCGUGGGGCAGCACCGGACGGCGACAUCGAUGCACUCACCGGCAUGUUGCUGGCUGUCUUGGCCUUGGAGGGCACCGAUCGCGAGCCGGACUGGCUUGAAGAGGUGGGCCAGUGGGCUUACGACACCUGCAAGCAGUUCUACUUGAGCUCAACGGUGCCCUCGCCCAGUGGAAGUCACCAAAUCGUGAAGCUGGGCUCUUGCUGGGGUGGCUGGGGCACUCAAGGUCAGAACCCCAGCUACCAUGCGCCCGGAAUUUAUCGUCUUUGCCGUGACUACAUGGCCAAGCACGACGGCCGCUACGGAGGAUCCUCCACGGAGGGCGACCGAUUCAAAGCGAAGUGGGAGACGCUCAUUGCCACCACCUACAAGAUGCUGUCAUCUACGCAGUGCCCAUCCACGGGCCUGGUGCCGAACUGGGCUCAGGUUUUCGAGGAGGGCCGCAGGCUACGAGCACAGACGGGCUUUAGCGGAAGCGGCACUCCCGGUGCUGAGUACGGUGCGGAGGCCUCAAGGACGAUCUGGCGUGUGGUGGUGGACUUCGUCUUGUACCCGUCCGAGGCGGGUUCAGCUGCGCAAUUCCUUGAGCCUGUGGCCGAGCAUCUGGGCAAGAAGGAGAGCUCUGGACGCUGGGCUUCGUCUCUGGACAUCGACGGCGCCUGCUUGGUCGAAACGAUUCACCCCGGAUGGCAGGUGAACAUGUUUAUGGCUGCGCCCACCUUUGCCAGCCUCGUUUGCCCGGCCCCAGGCCUAGGCUCCAGCCGACAGCAGGAGCUUAUCGACUCUGCUGGCCGGCUUCUUGCAACACAGCAGAUUCGGGACUACUAUUCGGGAAGCUGGGUGGCCAUCAGCACUAUGACUCUCAAUGGGGACUUGGCGAAGGCGGCUGCUAACGCCAGGCUCGGCGCCGCGCAGCGCUCAAG